CAUUAGCCAAGAGGCCCAAAGAAACUUCUAUUUCUGCUGUGACAUAAAAACGUAAAACUUUUUGUUUUUCCUAUUUUCUGCCAAACACAAACACCACAUUUCGUCUCUAACUUUUUUAUUUUCCUCUUCUUCGAUCCAAUUAUGAGCACCGAAUACGAUUAUCUGUUCAAGCUUCUGCUAAUCGGCGAUUCCUCCGUCGGGAAAUCCUGUUUGCUCCUCAGAUUCGCUGAUGAUUCUUACCUGGAUAGCUACAUCAGUACGAUCGGUGUUGAUUUCAAAAUCAGAACUGUGGAGCUGGAUGGCAAGACAAUCAAACUGCAAAUUUGGGAUACUGCUGGACAGGAGCGUUUUCGGACUAUUACAAGCAGUUAUUACCGAGGAGCUCAUGGAAUAAUAAUUGUCUACGAUGUUACUGAGAUGGAGAGCUUCAACAGUGUCAAGCAGUGGUUGAACGAGAUUGACAGAUAUGCUAAUGAUAGUGUAUGCAAACUUUUGGUUGGGAACAAAUGUGAUUUAGUCGAAAACAAGGUUGUUGACACGCAAAGAGCUAAGGCAUUUGCUGAUGAACUUGGGAUUCCCUUCCUGGAGACAAGUGCUAAAGAUGCAAUCAAUGUGGAGCAGGCUUUCUUAACCAUGGCUGGAGCAAUCAAGAAAAAAAUGGGUAACCAGCCAACAGCUAACAAGGUGGCCGGAAGUGUUCAAAUUAAGGGAAAGCCUAUCGAGCAGAAGGGCAAUUGCUGUGGUUAAUCACAUGUUAUGGUUAAACUCUGCUUUAGACGGUAAACAUGUUGCAAAUCUUUCAAAAACUAUUCAUGUUUGUCCUAUUAUUUUCUGUGAUAGCUUAGAUUACUUGCCAUUUGCAUCUAUUUGCUAAAAUACUGAAGUAGAGUGCUAUGACCAAAUCAUUGCCAAAUAAUUAUCUACUAGUUACUUAAGCUGGAUCUAUUCACAAACAGGUUAAUUGUAAAUGGUUUUCUCAGCCACUUGAGAGGUUAUUGUAAUGCUUACCCUCCAUGAAAUUCUCAA